ACUGCUCAAAGCUGCCAUGAAAGCUGAUAACCCGAAAUUGUAGUCUUCUUUAACUAGUGUUCCCCGAACUUAGGGAGUUGACGGAUCCUGUUUUAAUUACACUGUUUUUCUAUUGCAGUUGAUCUUAUGAAUUCCAAAAUGAAACAGAAACUGACCACAGAAAAGUCCUCAGGAUCUUUGCAGAAGUACCUCACAGCUAGCACAUGCAGUGCUGCCCCAAGACAGACUCUUAAGAUGAUCCAGCCUUCAGCAGCAGGUAGCCUGGUUGGCAGGUGUAAUGAGAAGAAAUCUUCGGUCAGAAGGAAACUCUGGAAUAACAAAUUUGCCUCAAAGGCUUGUAAAGCUGAGGUGUCUGUGGACAAGGAGCAAGAAAAUGAGAAUGAUGUCAUCCAAGCUGAAGAUCUCAUUAUGAAAGGAAGUCCUUCAUCUCAGUAUUGGAAAGAAGUGGCUGAAGAAAGGAGGAAGGCUCUGUAUGAAGUGCUUCAAGAAAAUGAAAAGUUGCACAAAGAAAUCGAGCAGAAGGAUGAUGAAAUUGCCCGCCUAAAAGAAGAAAAUGAAGAGCUCAUGUCCCUUGCUGAGCAUGUACAUUAUAUGACCAGUGUGAUUGAGAGGCUAACUGGGCAAGCACCUGACAGUCUUGAGACACUGGAAGGUCUGGCUCUGGAGGAGGAGGAGGAAUGCAGACAGGAAAAUGAAGAGCAUAACUAUGGAGAUGAGGCAGACAGCCCUUCUGAAGAAGAGCCAUCACAAGUAUUGUCUGGCUUAAGGGAGAAUAAAUCAGAUCUGCCUUCAGAGGAAGCAAGCCAUUUGCAACUGGAAUGACAUCUUUUAAAUAGGCUUAUGUAUGUGGCUUUUAAUUGCAGACUUCCUCUUGAAAGGAUAUACUAAACCUCAGGUAUAGAAACUCUUGUGGGAACAUUACAGAUGUUGGUAUUUUUAACUGGAAUUAUGUGGCAGUGGGAGGAGUAUCUGAAUACUGCAUGGAAAAUUUACUACAGGCUGCAUGUAGUUGCUUGUAUGAAAGGCAAAUACUGUGUAUUUCAACUGUUGUGUAAAUAUCCUUCUUAUCAGUUGGUCUGACAUGAUACAUGAAAAUUGAUAAAUAAAUCUUUUCGUUUCCACAACAGCCUCUUAAUUGACAAGGGAAUGGCUAAUCCUAGGGUUAAAUCAGUUAUGACUACUGUAGAUGGAAGCUUCCAAAUUUCUGGAGGGAAUGCAUGGGUGAGUUUUUAACUCUUUAGAUUUGCAGAGUUCUGAAGAACAAAGUUGCUUUCUUGGUAGAUAGAGUGGGGUGGAGGAGGAAAGUAAAAAUUUGUGUGCUGUUGGUGAGGUUUCAGGAAAUCAAGAUUAGGUAAUAAAAGUCAAAAUCCAAAGGUCAGUUAGAUUUGAUUUUUCAAGUUUUUUAAAAUUAAUUUCCUCUGCCUUCUAAGGAAACAUAGAGACAGAAUGAGAGCUUAAGUAGGAAAUAUGAGACCAGUUCUUUUAGUAAUACUUCCAUUGACUUAUGAAGAGAAGGUGGUGUGUUCCUGAUCCCAGUAGCAGCUGUGUUGAAAACUAGGUGGAGACAAAGCAGCCUGUUCUUCAGAGCUAUUCUGAAAGGAAACUUGGUGUUUUCAAGGUCCUGUCAUGGUAUUCACCAAGAUACCAGACACCCUUUUAGCAAGGUACUUAGGUUCUGACGGGUUUACAGGAACAGAAAGCAGUCUUUAAAACCUUGAGCACCUUAUCUGGCAUCUGCAUGGUCUGUGAUGGAGCAGGAGAGUAAGCUGGAUACACAUUUUCUGUAAUGUGGCCUUCUAAGGAGAGGCUUUAACAAUGGUGGCUGCUGCCAUAUCUUGAGAGGAGCUUAAAGUUGAGUGCCUUUCAGGAGGCAGAAGUUAUUAGAAGGAUCCUGGCUGGUAGAUCUAUCUGGUCUUGCCAAAGGUGCUUGCUUCAGGGUAUGUGUGAAUGACUCUGGAGCUAUCAGAUUGGCACCUUUAUAUUCCUUCUGUUUCACUUGCCGUGGCUGUUAAGAGAUGUUUUACAACUGAUUUAAAUUGUGACAUCCAGGAAAUGCAGAAACCAUUGCAGCAGGCAAUACCUCAAAAAAUACUUUUACCUGGUAAAACCAGCACAGCAUGUUAGCUAGAAAACGAAGCAUCACAGUUUUUUGUGAACUUUGUAAACACAAGAUUGUAUCUUCCAAUGUGUGCUCCAGAGGGUGCUUAGACAUACUCCUUUCCAUCACAGAGCUGAAAAGGUGAUAAAGGUGUGUCCUUUAUCUCGCACUGAUGCUGUCUUGAAGGAAAAACAAAAUCUGGGUGCUGAGCAAAUGCUUUGUAGAGCAAACCAAGUUUUCUGUUAAGAAGUGGAUAAUGCUUGCUAAGUGACUUAGACCUCAGAUUCUAAGCAACUUUCCUAACAAAGUAGUUUAACAUUAGUAAAUAAGGAAACAUAAGUUUCAUUCUGAUAUAAUUGGUUUUUGCAGUUCAAUUUAGUUAUUCAUUGUUAAUUCUAAUUUUUUUAGCGGUGGCUUUAUUUUUUAAACAUCAGGCAUAUUGCAUUUGCAGAGGCUGUAGAAGGGAAGAAAGGACUGUGCUGUAACUAGCAAACCAAAAUGAGGCAGCGAGUGCAACUUUUCCACUGUUUUACUUCCUGCUCUGUGAACUCCUGUAGUACAGGUGCUGUUGUUGGAACAGAACUGCCAGAAGGAGACAAACCAAAAUUUGUGUGCAGUAUCUGCAUCUGUGUUUCUUAUCUUCAGGUCAGUCAAGAGGAAUGCUUAUUGUGUUAAAAUCUUAUGCUUUUUCUGGAUUGAUUUUAUUUAAAUAAAAUGUUUGACAGUCCCUUGAUAGCCUGGGUCUUUCUGUUGAAAUAGACUGUACAAAUAAAAUCAUGGAAGUUCUGCAAAUAGACUGAUGGAUGUAUUGCAGCCUUUGGCCCACCUGUAACAGAAAAAGAAAUUAUAUCAAAAAUGGAUGUGCCACUCAGUAAUACAUACUAAUAUUUUAAACCAAGGCUACUGUGGUUUUAUUAAGUACAGUUUGUUGGCAGAGAGGAUAGUUUGCUGUAUAAACUGAAAAACAAAACUGAUGCAGGAGAAGGCCAGGUGUGAGAGCCAAACUGUGCCAUAGUAAUAAAACCUCUAUACAAGCUUAGUCACGUGAACCUUGAUCCAACACUGACUAUGCCUAUUUUCUUAGACAUUAAUAUAUGGAAAUGUUCUUAGCAGUUUUAGGAGGCUGCAAUAAUUGCUGUUUAAAGAUGUUAUAAAAGGAUUGAGUUUAUUGUUCUGAAAAUUCCUGAGUGCUUUUUGGAACAUGCAUGCAGUAGUACUGUGCUACAUAUUAAGUCUAGGAACUUUGUAUUUUUGUGCUAAUGGCUUGCCAAAGGUGUAGAAAUUAGACAGAUUUGUUUGUGAUUAGUUAUCUUACAGCCAUCUGACAUUUUAAGUAUAGGGAAAACUCACUUAUCACUGGACAUAACAUGACUGGACUGAACAUAGCUAUAUAGCACCUGAAAAUCAACAUCACUAAAGACAGCCUUCAUAUCCAGCUGAAUUGGAGAGGACAUGGUAUCUAGCACAAUAAAACUAUCAGUUCUGGAACCUAA